CAGGUUUCGAAGACAAGCGCACUGACAAAGACACGAAGCUGUGCUUCCGUCGAUCUCGCCCCUAGUUGCCGCAGUUUCCUCCCUUCCCUGGCCGCAUCUGCUCAUGGAUGAACCCCGCAGCAUUCGCGGAUUUCUAGGAAGGCGCAAGCACCGCAAGCACAAACGAUCGAACGCUAAUUCCCUAGACGAUCCGCACGCUGCCAGCGCCAGCGCCAGCAUCACCAGUAGCCUCACGUCCGACACCACUACCGUAAGUAUGGAGGGAAUGCUCAAGAAGCGCGUGGCCAAAAUGCCGGUGAUGCACGAUCGUUACUGUGUGGCCACGUGGGAGCUGGACACCCACGACCGCAAGUGUGUCAUGUUGCGCAGCUACAAGAGUCGGAAAACCUACGACGCGCACCCAGAGAAGCCUACGAGUGUGCACGAGAUCAAGUGCAUCAGCGACUGGGACGGGAAGACCGGAUUCCACCGCUAUCCACACGCUUUCACCAUGGAGACACGCGAUAAGAAGCUCUUUCAGUGUGUAGCUCCGUGCGCAGCCGACAAGGACAAGUGGCUCGAGCUUAUGGCCAUCCAAUCUGCCUUCAGCAGCUCCCGUGACAUGCGUCUGGGCAGCGUUGGUAGUCUUGUACCGCUUCGACGCACGCAGAGCGUCGAGUCUGCGGCCGACAACGGCAAACCCCGAGCCUACACUGGCGCCUCGAUGGGGAAAACAAGAGCUGAGAGCGCCGCGAACAUCGAACACUCGACCGACUCGGAAGACCAGAUCAACUUUCCUGGACACGACGGACUCUUCAGGACCACGUCGGAAGCAUCGAGUGACUCGUCGGAGCUGCCUAAUGUCGACAAGAGCGAGCCUGCGGACUGGGGGCUGUAUGGUGAGGCCACUGGCGAGACCAAGUCCAAGUAUGAUGUACUGGACGAUGCUAAGCCUAUUUUUCUCGAUAAGGAACUGCUGGGUGCGCGUGGAGAGACCAAGACACUGGCCUCGGACCAAUUCUUGUUCGAAGAGGCUGGUGCCAGUCGAUUCGGCGCUGUGGUCGUCAAGAAAGCGGCGGAAAGUGACGACGAAGACGCCGAGUUUAUCGACGAGAAGUUUGCGGCACGAGAGGCCCAGAAAGAGAAUGAGAAAAACAUGAAACGCCGCGCGCAGAAGCUCGAGUCCAACCGCGACCUGUACGCUGAGAUGGCGGCUGCGAGACUUCACAGCAUGCGCAAAGACGCUCGCCACCCGAAGAAGAGCCACAGUCACAGUCGCCCGUCUGCUGGUAGCGACGAGAGUGUCGAUGAACCCGACGAAGACCAAUCGAUGGCCGACGAGGAGGACAUAGAGGAAGCGAUCGAGCUGGAGGAAAUGCACCAGCGUCGUAGCAGUCGCAACCAUCGCAGCUCCAAGCGACCUGUUGAGGCAGACGGAGAGGAAGCGAUCCAGCUGGAGGAAAUGCACCAGCGUCACAGCAACAGUAGCCGUCGCAGCUCCAGGCGAGCUGUUGGUGCAGAAGAAGAGGAAGCGAUCGAGCUGGAGGAAAUGCACCAGCGCCACAGUAGCCGCAGCCGCCGCAGCUCCAAGAGCCACAGGAAGAGCUUUGUGAGUAGCAGCGAGAACACCAAUAGUGUCCAUGGCGGGUAUGCUAGUGGAGACGACGAAGAGGAGGACGGGGAGGACGCAGUGCCCGGUGCUGAUGUUGCCCUAGAGACGACCGAAGCGGAGAGCGCAGAAGCCGAAGAGCUACGGCUGCUGAAGAAGAGAUACCGCGCCGAACAUCGUGCCAAGAAACGUCUGAUAAAGGAAAAGGAAGAGGAGGAACGCACUGCAAUGGAGGCGGCUGAGCUCGCCCGUGCCCAUCGCGAACAGCAACGUGCUCGUGAGGAGGCAAAAUCUCGAGAGGAGCAGGAGAAGCGCGACAAGAAGGAGCGUCGCGAGAUGAAAGAGAAGCUGAAACGCGAGAAGGCGAAGCAACGACAGGCUGAAGCUGAGCUCAGGAAAUUGGUGGAGCUGAAACAAGCCGAGGAGGAGAGGCGCGAGCGAGAACGCAAGGAGAAGAAGGAAAAAAAGGAGAAGAAGAAGUCCAAGAAGAAAGAAAAGUACACGUCGCCUGCUGAGCGUAUCCACAAGAAAGAGGCGCGCGACGCCGAACGUGCGGCUGAGUCUGCUGCUGCCGUCGUGGUAGAAGCUGAGACCUCGAACGCUUUGGUCGUUGUGGAGAAGCCGGUGGAACAGCAAUCGACACAACAGGCGCUCGCGGGACUGGAACCUGCUCUUGCACCCGCCCCAAAGGCAACUUCAUCGUCCGUUCAGACCGAAACUGUACCAACAGAACAGACAGCACCUGCAGUACCCUUACCUGUCCCAGCUCCGGCCACCGCACCUGUUGCAAGUCCUGUUGUUGUUCCUCAAGUUGCCGCUCCUGCCAGUGCCCCUGCACCUGUUGCCGCUCCUGCUCCUGCUCAGGCGAUGCCGAUGCCGAUGUAUCAAAUGGUCCCGCCGCCAUUCGUGCCAACGUAUUCUGUCGGCCCACAGAGCAUGCCGGCGUACGGUCUUGCCGCAACCUUUGGUGCGUACCCUCCGCUAUACCCUGCUCCGUACAGCUAUGGAGGACCCGUGGGACCUCAAUCUAUGUUCAUGCGUCCGAACAUGGGCUUCGUGGCCGGACUUAGCGCCAUGGGGUCGUUCGGCAAGACCACGGGUCCAGAUCCCGCACCUUCCAGCCAGGAUUCCAUGAUCGGCCCGCAACUCCCGACUCCGGAAGAGCGCGCUGCUGCCUCCUUAGCAGGCGCGGGCGCCCCUCCUCCCCCACCACCACCUCCGUCAUCGAGCAAGGCUAGCGGUGCCAAGCUGACAAACUUGCCGGAAUUGCCUGAUGUGAUCGAGUUUUAGGAGAGAUGUUGCCUGAGUUGCUUAAGUUAAUGCAAAACCCUUUUUUGCCAUUUUA